GCUGGUACGUACGACAGUGAUCUUUUAGUUUAGUUAGUUUCAUGCAGGCACGUCUUGGCCAAGUGGGUGGUAUUUGUUAGCAAAACCACACGCACGGCGGCGGUGGGCAGGACUGAAAUGAACUCGAUCGUGUCGUGUCGUGUGUAUAAAUGCUGGCCGCCCGGCCUCACUUGUCUCGCGGCUCGCGCACUACUCUCACUCACUGCACUGACUGCUUAGCCUCUUUAGCUUGCAGGACACAGGAAAGCAUGCAGCGACAUUAACUGCUACUUGGCCUCUGUGUAUGUCCCGCACCUAAUUAAUCACGCGCAUGCAGAAGGUACCUGCAACGACCUCAAGCAAAUUACAGACGAUGGUGGAUAGCGCCAUGGACGCGGCGAGGAUCAUAGGCUACUUCAAGGAUAAGACCAUCCUCGUCACCGGCUCGACUGGCUUUCUUGGAAAGAUCCUUGUGGAGAAGAUACUGCGGGUGCAGCCUGCUGUGCGCAGGAUCUACCUCCUCGUGCGAGCGGCCGACGAGCCCUCCGCACAGCAGCGCGUCCAGCAAGAGGUUACCGGCACCGAGCUGUUCAGCCUCCUGAGAGACAAGUACGGCGAAGAAGGCUUCGACCUGUUCAUCCGAGACAAGAUCGUUCCUUUGGCCGGAGACAUCACGAACCAGGACCUGGGCCUGGAGCCAACCACACUCGACGGCAUGGCCAAGGAGAUGGACGUCAUCGUCAACGUUGCUGCAACCACCAACUUCUACGAAAGAUAUGAUGUCGCCCUGGACGUGAACGUGAUGGGAGUGAAGCAACUCUGCCACUUGGCCAAGCACUGCGCCAACCUCAGGAUGUUCAUGCAUGUCUCCACUGCCUACGUGUCCGGCGACGGCAGCACGGAGCCGAUCCUGGAGAAGCCCAUCAAGCCCGGCGAGGCGCUGCGGGGAGGCGGCACGCGCGUCGACGUCGACGGCGAGCUGCGCCUCGUCAGUGACGCCAAGAACGACCUGACGACGACGUCGACCACCGGCGCGGCGGAGAGGAAGGCCAUGAAGGAGCUGGGCCUGCGGAGGGCUCGCCACUUCGGGUGGUCCAACACGUACGUCUUCACCAAGGCCAUGGGGGAGACGGUGCUGGAGGAGCAGCUCCGGCGGGACGGCGACGGCGACGGCGACGGCGGCAUGCCGCCGCCGGCGGUGGUGGUGGUCAUGCGGCCCAGCAUCAUCACCAGCGUCCGGGCCGACCCGGUGCCCGGGUGGGUGCAGGGCACGCGCACCAUCGACACGCUCAUCGUCGGCUACGCCAAGCGCAGCAUCUCGGCCUUCCUCGCCGACAUCCGCCUCGUCAUGGACGUCAUCCCGGCGGACAUGGUGGUCAACGCCAUGCUGGCGGCCGCGGUGGCGCACUCCGGGUCCGGGUCGGGGUCCGGGCAGGACGUGGUGGUAUACUACCAGCCCACCUCGUCGCUGCGCAACCCGGUGACCUACGCCGUGCUCUACCGCUCCGGCAGCCGCCACUUCAGGGAGCACCCGCGCGUGCGGGACGACGGCGAGGCCAUCCCCAACAAGGAGAUGCGCUUCUUCACCACCAUCCCGAGGUUCCGCCUCUACAUGAUCCUCUCCUACAAGCUGCCUCUCGAGAUGUUGCACAUGGCGAAUCUGCUGCUCUGCGGACUCUUCUCCAAGUUGUACAAGGACUCCAACCGCAAGUACAAGUUUGUGAUGCAUCUCGUUGACGUCUACGGGCCCUUCGCCUUCUUCAAAGGAUGCUUUGACGACACGAACAUGGAGCGCCUGCGGUCGACGAUGGUGAUGCGCAGCCCUGAAGAUGACAUGUUCAACUACGAUCCCAAGACCAUCGACUGGGACGAUUAUUUUUACAGAAUCCACAUACCUGGUGUUCUCAAGUACGUCUGCAAGUGAAGCUGGGGAAAACUCUGUUCUGUAUCAGGCACACCUUGCUCCUUCACCUAAUCACCUUGUUCAUAUAUGCGUGGGGGAAAACUCUUUUCUUUUUUUUCUUUUUUUUUUCUUUUUUGCCUCUACUGGCUGUAAUCAAUCACAAAGACAUGUCAUCCAUUGGCAGAACUUGUUAAACGUAUCGGUCAACUCAAGCACCAUAUAUGAAAUGUUAACAAAAAUGGGUGCUUUGUGGUUGGCUGCCAGCCUAUA